AUGGCCGACCUCGAUUUUUCAAAUCCUCGAGCCUGUGACCUUCACCUCGCGGUGAUGGCAUCCAAGCGUAUCGAUAUCUUCCGACGCAUCAUUCCCAUCACCACAAGAUUUCCUGCCCAUAAAGACUUCAAGCCGACAAUCGACAUACCUCCACGUCCUUGCCCUAGCCUAGGUGUGCUUGACCGCCUUCCCAUGGAUCUUCAUAUUGCAAUCUUCAAGCGUCUCAAUGUGCCCACCAUCUGUGCCAUGCGCCAGGUCAACUCCUAUGCAAAGUCCGUCGUGGAGAUAGUCCCAGCCUUCAACAACACACGAAAGUACGCUCCUCACGCUUUCAAGGCCAUCCUCCUGACAGGUGCCUGUGGCAUAUUCACCAUACAGGAUCUUUUCAACGUCCUUGUUGCCCCGGGCUGUCACAUCUGCGGAGAAUUUGCCGCCCAACUAUACCUUCCAUCACUUUCUCGGGUCUGCACCAACUGCCUUGAGCUCUCUCCGGAGAUGGAAACAAUAAAGAUUUUCUAUGCUAAAGAUCUCUUUGGCCUCACCAAUAACCAGAUCAAAGAGAUGACUAGUGUCGUUAAUGGGAUUGCCGGGUGGUAUCACGACUACACUGCGUUCAGCUCUGUUAAGAGUACACCCACCCUUGUUUCUAGAGCCAUGGUGGAGGCUGCCGCAAUUCGCUUUCACGGAAGUCGGCCCAAUAUGGAGAGCUUCGUUGAGAAACGCAAAAAGAACACAGAAAGCCGCCGCAUUCAUAUUAAAUUUGAAGAAAAUGGGCAGACAAGGCAGAGGGUUACUGUCCAAUUCCCGUUGCUGUACAUUAAGAGGGGGAAACCGCUGACGGACUUUACUGUCGCGGUUGUCAGUUGA